UCGUGAUUUAAUUUUUUAGUUUCUAAGUAACAGCAAAAUAUAAUAAUUUUGUAUAUGGAUUUAUAUACGGUAACAAAUAAUAAAAUAGUUCUCAACUUAAUAAUAAUAUGGUGAUUUUAACCCCAGUCACAAAUUUAUAGCACGGUGGCGGGUUGCGAGCACGGAGCGGGCGGGGCGAGCUCGGGCGGCGGGCGGCCCGCCGACACCAUUCGCCGCGUCAAGGUGAAGAUGUCGUCGGUAUCCGCGCAAGGCGUCGUCGAGCGCGCCUCGGCCGAGUUGUCGCGGCGCAUUACCGGCCUGGGGCUCCGCGGCCGGAAGCGCUCUCCUGGGGUAGUGGAACGUAUGGCGAAUGCGCUGUGCGGUCCCGCUUCCACUGCAGCACCUAGAAUACCCCGCCGGCGUCGACCAUCUCCUCGACCUCUCGUUUGGAGUCAGUUUAUAUUAGAAGAAAGAUUUCUAGAGAAGUUUUUUCUUUAUUUCACUCCUAAUGAAAGAAAAACGUUAGCCCAAGUGUGCACGAAAUGGCGCGACAUUCUCUAUUCGUCCCCGCGAUGGUGGUCCGGGUUGGCUGCCGUAUUAGACUGUCGCGAACUGCGCUCCGAAUCUGGCUGUUGUAUGCAAAGGUUUUAUAAUUCAGUGAUUAGAAGAGGUAUUCGAGGUGUUAUUUUGAUAUCUGCUACCGAUGACGAUAUAAAUGAGCUUAUUAAGCAGUUUCCCCUAUCAGCGCACCACUUACACGCUAUUGGACUAAAAGGAUGCACAAUAACAGAUAGAGGAUUAGAAGCUAUUUUGGAUCAUUUACAAGUUCUCUUUGAACUUGAACUAACGGGCUGCAAUGAGAUAACAGAGGCUGGUUUAUGGGCAUGUCUAACUCCGAGGAUUGUUUCACUCACGCUUACUGAUUGCAUUAACAUUGCUGACGAGGCUGUCGGUGCGGUGGCUCAGCUUUUACCGUCUCUGUACGAGUUUUCAUUACAAGCAUACCAUGUGACGGAUGCAGCUCUCGGCUAUUUCUCGCCAAAGCAAAGUGCUUCGCUCAGUAUAUUGAGAUUACACAGCUGCUGGGAACUUACUAACCAUGGUGUCGUUAACAUCGUGCACUCGCUGCCCAACCUGACCGUGCUGUCGCUGAGCGGCUGCAGCAAGGUGACGGACGAGGGCGUGGAGCUGCUGGCGGAGAACUUGCCGCGCCUGCGCAGUCUCGACCUGAGCUGGUGCCCGCGCGUCACCGACAACGCGCUCGAGUACAUCGCCUGCGACCUCAACCACCUCGAGGAGCUCACGCUGGACAGAUGCGUGCACAUAACGGACAUCGGCGUCGGAUACAUCAGCACCAUGCAGUCGCUGGUGGCGCUAUUCCUGCGCUGGUGCUCGCAGGUGCGCGACUUCGGCGUACAGCACCUCUGCGGCAUGAGGUCCUUGCAGCUGUUGUCUCUGGCCGGGUGCCCGCUGCUGACGUCGGGCGGGCUGUCGAGCCUCAUCCAGCUGCGCCAGCUGCGCGAGCUGGAGCUCACCAACUGCCCGGGCGCGUCUCCGGAGCUCUUCGACUACUUGCACGAGCACCUGCCGCGGUGUCUCAUCGUCGAGUGAGCACGGACGGACCAGUCGAUAUGUAUAUAGAGGCCCGUUUGUACAUAAUACACUAAGAAAAUCUCAGUCAAUUUGUAACGUUUUCGCAUUUACCGGCUUUUGAAGAUUUUGUUCGAUUGUAGACUUGUAUCCAACAAAGUGGAAAUGAGAGGGGAGGACGGAUGUAUCAUAAAUAACGAAUAGUAGAGAUAGUUACUUCGGGCGGAGAGGAGAGGAAUAAGGUGAAACAACAUCUCCGCUUUAGUGGAUAUCGGUUAUAUAUGAUGCACGCGACUGUACACAGUCGUCCUUUGUAUACCUGAUAUUCAUAAGCUUCCGACUACCAAAUUUAUUUUCAAACGAGUAACUAGCUCGGUAAUUUAAUUGUUAAUUUUUUCCUUGAUCUCAAUACAUUUUUAUUAUUUCUUUAAUUUUUGAUUUAGGCAUGCCAAAAAGAUCUUUUAAUGAUGUAAGCAUUAAGAAGUUUAAAAGUUUUGUAGUUAUUAAUUAUGUUUAUAAGAUUUUAUUGAAUAUAAUCUUACAAACAUAAUAAAUAAAGACCCAAUAAUUGCUCAAUUUCUCCUUUAACUAAAAAAAUUAUCUCUAUCUAAUUAUUAUAAAAAGUAAUUUAUAUGAAAACAUAAUGUUAAGUUAUUUCAUUUAACAAAAGACUCGUACUAUACUUUAUGUAAUUGAUGGUUGAAUGUAAAACAAAAAUGAAAAUUAGAUGUAAUAAAAAGUGUAAAUGCAUCUAAUUUAUGGAUUCUCCUUCAUAUAAUUUUAUUUUUGUAUCGGUUAGAAUGGCGAAUGUAAGAUUUCCAAAUAAAUUCAAACUAUACUGAACUAUUGUAUGAAAAUCGAUUUGUGACCGAAGCUUUAAGAAAUCAGUUCAAGAAGGUCAUAAGUGAAUAAAAUGAUGUUAUUUAUGUUUAUAGCAAAAUAACAUCUUAACGAAUGGUCAUUACGCAACUCGUCCACAAUAAUAACAUUUCGAAAUCAAUUCUUCACUUAUAAUAUUUAUUUAUUUAAGAGUCAUUUAAUAAGCAAAAUAUGUUUCAGAUUUUCUUAAAUUGUGUGAAACGAGAUUAGCAAAUAAACUCUUUUUAAACUUUCGUAGUUUAAACGUCAUUGUUGGAAAAUUGAGCAAAUAAAACUAAAAGUAACAGUCAUAACAUUAUUAUAAAUAAUUAAUCGGUGUUUUACAAACAAAAAGUUACAAUAACUUUCAUUAUAUUGAAUCCCUUUUUUUCCUACCUACAUUUAUUUGGUAACGUAUCAUUUACAACUAUAUUAAACGAUAAACUACAUUACAGAAAUAAUACACUCGCCAUUUUAGGACUGAUACCUUUUUUUUACAUUUCAACUGAGUGAUGCUUGGAUAUCAUAAAUAAGAGCAUUUUUAAUAAAUUGCAUUUCUUUAAAAUAUUUUUAAGUUUAUUAUGUUGAGAUAGAAAUUUGAGAUCAAGGCUUUGACGGUUGUUACAGGUAAACCGUUAUUUAAUACUCCAUAGAUUUUGAAGAUAUUUCGAUUGCCAAUCAUACAAUUUGAGGAGUAUAUUGGAUUUCCAUAAUUGUAAAAGAUUUGCCGCUUUUGGUGCUGACCUUAACAUCUGUCUAUACAAAAAUAUAUUCAAACUUCAUGGAUAGUGUCUUAUUUUUCCUGCAGUUGCUGUCUCGAAUUUCUAACUUACAUAAUGUAUGUUAUACAUGCAUAAUAAUACGGAUAACGAGGUUUUUUUUUAUAUGUUAUAAAUAUAUUUUCGUACAAAACUCAAAAGACUAAAAUAACUACACUAAAUACUAAUAUGUUCUUUUCUAGUCAAACUGGUGUAAAUUUGAUAUCCCAUCGUAAUUUACAAGUCCUUGUAAGAGGCUGCAUUUGAAACAUGUAAUCCUAAUAUGCUGGCUUUAAUAUAAUCUCUACGAAAUUUGACAUAGAUAGGAAAUUUUCUUUAGUUAUAACUACUCUGCCUUAGCAAGUUUCAUCGCUUAUAAUUUAUGAUAGGUAUUAAUUAUAGUCAAAUUCUGAUAAAUUUUAUUAAAAUAUAUUUACUUAAAUUUAUUCGUAAAUAUCUUCGGUAAUGUAAUAGUGCAGUACGGCUUACACGCUUACGGUUAACAUAUUUAUACUUUAAGAGUACUUUCGUUACGACGAAAAUGUUUUUUUUUUUUUGUAUAUUCUCUCAAAUAUAGUACGUACCAGUUCUGUAACCUUUGAAGUGUUAUAAUUACUAUACCGUCCGAAAAAUUUCUGCAUGUCCGUGCGUGUGUUUUAAAUGUAUAUUCAUAUAUUCUAGAUGUAACUUAAAAAUUUCCUUUGAUAAAUUUAAUUUAUUAAAAUUUAUAAGAGCUGGUGUUAAAUAUAAUGAGUACCUAACCUAAUGCUAAUGACUGUGUAUGGUGAAAAAUUUCUGAUGAUGUAGAGCAUAGACGUAGCUAGAAGAAAAGCACAAAAACCAUCGCAUUUCUAGUUUAGAUGUUACAGAUAUUAUAGCUACAAAUAGAAUAAAAGUUACUUAUGUGAAUUGGCUUCCCGCAAAAAAGAUCUCUGUCUGUUAUAAAUUGAUUGUGUUUAGUUUUAACAUGAUUGUAGUGCAUUAUAACUUAGGUCUGGGUAAAAUAAUAUAAAUGAUAUGAUUUAAACCUAUCUUACCAAUUUUAGGGCACAUUAUAUCAAUUAAUAAAUGAAGAUAAUAAAUACUCAACAACUAAUUAAACCAA